AUGGACGAAGACCACCCCAAGGUGAUCCGGCUCUCGUACGAGGGCCGUGUGGCCGUCAUCACGAUCGACAACCCGACCAAGCUGAACGCCCUGUCGCUGUUCCAGUACUACGACCUGGCCAGCAAGAUGCGCGAGGUAGCUGCCCGGGACGACGUCUACGUGACCCUGCUGACAGGCACGGGGCGAUUUUUCUCAGCCGGUGCCGACGUCUCGGUCGCGUCGAGCGACAACGGCAGCGACGCCUACGCGCACUGGCUGCGCUCGUUUGUGGCCUUUAACCUCAACAUUGCGCGGGCCUUUUACACGCAUCCCAAGGUGCUGGUGGUUGGGCUGAACGGGCCGGCUGUCGGGCUGUCGGCGGCGCUGAUCGGCUUUGCCGACUUUGUCUACUGCACGCCCGAGACCUUUCUGCUGACGCCGUUCAGCUCGCUCGGACUCGUGGCCGAGGGUGGCGCCUCGGUCGGCCUGGUGCAGCGACUCGGCCGCGCCAAGGCUCUCGAGGCUCUGCUGAUGAGCCGCCGGAUCCCGAGCGACGAGCUGCUGGCUGCCGGCUUUGUCAAUGCCGUCUUUUCCGGCCCCGACACCGCCAACGACACCGCCUUCCAUCGCCGCGUCCGCGCUGAGAUCGAUGCCCGCCUCGGCCCCCAUCUCAUCGGCGACAGCCUGCUCGGCAUCAAGAAGCUCGUCCGCGCCGCCGACGAUCACGUGCUCGACCGCCAGAACGUCGCCGAGGUCUUUGCCGGGCUCGACCGCUUCCUCACCGGCGUGCCCCAGGAGGAGUUCCGGAAGCUGGCCACGGGCGAGAAGCGACAUAAGCUAUAG